AUGCAUGCCACAGCAGUAUGCCUCCGUCGGGGCUUCUGGGGCCGCAGCAUCGAGGAGUUCAAGCGCCUGUCGAACAUCGUCUUCCAGUCAGAAGGCAUAAAAGGCCCCUCCGGGCCCAUGCCACUACAAAGCUUCAGCAGCCCCGACUCUCUCCAAGACGUCAAGGUCAUGUACGACAUUGACAUAGAUGGCUUCUCUCACGCCCAGCUCGACUAUGUCCCGCCCGUCACCACAACACCGCACCCCGCCUCGUCCGCGCCACGGUCGCCAUCGUCACAUCCCUCGACAUCCAAGAUAUUAGCAGCAGUCCCCGGCCACAUGCGCUUCCACGGCAACAUAUCCACCCGGCUCCCCGAGAACCGGCCCGAGGUGACGCGCUCCGGCUACGCAGCCUGGCGCACGCUCGACCGGCCGCCAACAAUAUUCGGCCGCUCCCUAUGGAACAUUGACAGCUACUCGUACCUCGGCCUCCGAAUAAAAUCCGACGGGCGGAGCUACCUGGUCAACAUCCAGACCGAGUCCGUGGUGCCGGAGGACCUGCACCAGCACCGGCUGUUCGCGCGGCGCCCGGGCGAGUGGGAGACUGUGCACAUCAAGUGGAACGACUUUGUUCGGACAAACCACGGGUACGUGGUCGAGCCGCAGACCGAGAUGCUCCGGCAAAAGGUCAAGAGCAUAGGUAUCGGCCUGACAGACCGGAUAGAAGGGCCGUUUGAUCUGAGCAUACAGGGCAUGUGGGCGACGAAUACCCCGGAAGCAGAGAUGGAUGCCGAUGUGCAUCCCGUGCCAGAGACUGCGCAGCCGAAGCUGAGGAAUAAGCAGGGCAAGACAAUUAGCUGGUCAUGA